UGUUGCGUGCGCCCGAGUUCUGCACCAUAUAUAACACGGGGGGUAACAUUCCGGGCAGCUCUCAGUUCUGUUCCGCCCGGCGCCGGCUACUGCUGGCCGCAAGCAUGUUCCCACUGGGACAGUUGAGCCCGGUGUUAUUCCUCCUGGCCGGUGCCUCGCUCUCCUGCGAUCCGGGACCCCCGGCCUCACCCGUGAACACCACCGGCAUUGUGUGCCGGUUCACCAAGGAAGCUGCCUUAGUAUUUAACCAAGAGACGAGCGAUGUCAUCCAGGCAACGUUCCGGCACGCUUCAUUCCCCAAUAUCGUUGGAGGGAAAUCGAUUCUGAUUCUGGGCUCCGUUUCAUAUAUUUUUAAAAAUUUGCAGAUAAACAACAUGUCUGUGGAAAGUAGUGAUGUAGACCUUAGUAAAGAAAAAGGAAUCCUAAUCUCUAUCCAAAAUGUAGCUGCUUCCUUCAAGGGAACCAUGAACUAUGCAUACUCCAACUGGCUGUUAAAGCUAAAUCACUCACUGGAUUUUGAAAUUGAGUCCCAGACUGAUGUUGAUCUUGCUCUAACUUUAGCAUGUGACAACGGGAGAAUAGCAGUGACCAUCUCAGAUUGCCUGCUCAAUUUUGAUAAGCUAACUCUGCAACUGCAAAAACAGAGCGAGGUCACCUGGAUUAAGCAACUAUUGACAGAUUUUGUUUCCUUCACUUUGAGACAUGUUCUUAAAGGACAGAUCUGUGCAGAAAUUCAUAAGAUGUCAAAUCUACUGGCAGACUUCACUCUGGAUCAAGCCGGAGCAUUCAUACAAGAUGGGAAGAUUGCCACAAGUACAGAAUUAACUAGUGAUCCAGUGAUUACCUCCAGAUACGUUGAAUCCCGGCACAAGGGUAAUGUGUUCUACAAGAACUUUUCAGUUCCCCAGACGCCCAGCGCCAUCCCAGUUGAAAGGGUGGAGACCAGAAUGUUUAAUCUGUGGGUCUCGGAACCAGUGAUCAAUUCUCUCCUGUUUGCAGCAUAUCAUGAGGAUCGCCUAACUCUAAAGCUUGUGGACAAUGACUUGCUGAAAGUAUUUGAAGAUGGAGAAUUUGAAAAUGAGCCAAAUGUUUUACAGCAGAUGCUUCCUGCUGUUCCUAUGAAUGACCUGAUGCUCAAACUCACGCCUCUCAAGCCACCCAGCAUUCUGUUCAAACGCAUAGGCACCAUUUUGGAGGGAUCCCUAUCUGUCGAGGUUGACGUUCUGCCUGAUAGUAAAGAAUCCUACACAGCACUGUAUCUGGAGAUGGAUAUUGAAACUACUGUCCAGUCAUCUUAUGCAAACAGGAAAAUCCACCUGCAGCCCUCUUCAAAUCGCUGGAGCAUCAAAGUUAUAAAGAAUAAUCCAGCCAUCACCCUGGAUGAGAGUAAAGCCAAGCGUUAUUUGGAGAAAUUUUUCUCAAGGGGUGGAUUACAAAAGAUCAUCUCUUAUGUGGAGUUUUACAUAACGGCACUGCUUGACAAGAAAGGACUGCACUACUUUAAUGUCACCAACACAGUGCUGAAACCAGACAAGGGUUAUGUGAUUGUUGCCACAGAUUUUCGUUUUCCACGUCAGCUACUGGAAAAUUUCCUUCGAAACGUCACCUCAACCAGAAGAUCCUAAUUUCAGAAAAAUACGGUGAGGGCUUGGUGGGAUGUGGAGUUGAGCAGAAUUCGCAAUAGCUUGAAAAGCAGAUGUCUUUACACUGAUAAGUUUAACUGGGUUUCUCGAACUGGAGAUUUACAGUGAUUACUUUAAAUUGUUGUGUUGACUUGUAUAUAUGAAUGGCAUUUAAUCAAAUGUAACACCAAAGAUGGUGAACCGUUUCAAAUGAGAAUACAAUGUGUUCAAUCUUG